UAUAUAGCGAAAGCCUGGAUGAAAACAUCAUUUUCCAAGAUGGGGGAUAAAAUGCCUGAUAGCAUAAGAAUCCAUUUGCCAUGCUACCUCAAUUACAGGAUACUGUACAAUUAUAUGGUGGAAGAUCUAAAAGCAAUGGGGGAUGAUCCAAUUUGUUAUUCCCAAUUUUGCAAACUGUUGGAGACAGAUUUCAAGGAAGUCACUAUUCCUAAGGUUACAAGGCUAACAAAGUGUGACAUAUGUGUCAUUCUAAAAGAGGAGAAGCAAAAGACCUUGGAUAAAACAGAGAGAAAUUACUAUGAUGUUCUUUACAACCAACAUAAUCAGCUUCAAAGGGAAGAGCGUGAGAAGUAUUAUAAACACCGUGCCAAAGCUAAAUCAGAUCCUAAAAAAUAUGCAUGCAUUAUAAUUGAUGGAAUGGAUCAGAUGAAACUAAUGAUCCCACAACUCCUUCAUCAAAUGAAAGCAUAUUCAAGUGCAUGGAAGUUGAAAACACAUCUUACCGGAGUAUUGAAUCAUGGGCACGAAGCAAUUGGUUAUUUUGAUUUACACCAAUGGGCACAUGAUAGCAACUUAACAAUCAAUGUUUUGCUACGAGUUCUGCUAAGAAUGGAUAAAAUACCAGACCGGCUUUACCUUCAGAUGGAUAAUUGUUGGCGAGAAAACAAAAAUCAGUAUGUUAUAACUUUCCUGGGGGUCUUAGUUAAAUUGGAGAUAUUUAAAAAGGUGAAAGUGAACUUUCUAAUGAAAGGACACACCCAUGAAGAUUGUGAUCAGCUGUUCAGCAGAUUUGGAGUCAAACUCUCAACCAAUGAUGUUGUUACAGUUAAAGAUUUAACACGAAUAUUUGAGGAGUCAUACACACCACACCCAGUUGCUGAACUUUUAGAAACUAUGUACAAUGUACGAGAUUGGCUGGCACCAGUUAAUAUGUCACUGCACAACAUAAGCAACCCACAUAUAUUUGUGAUUACAAAGAAUGGAACUGGCGAUGUCGUUCUCAGAUACAAGAAUUGGAGUAGGGAUACGAACUGGUUACCCAGUGAUAAUGCUGAAAAAGGGAUCACAAUUAUCAAACAUUGUUCGGAAAUUCCAAACGAAGCUCCCGACUUCGCAACGUCCUCCGCGGAUAACGUCGAUAUGGAGCGCUUGCGAAGGGACAUUCCCAAAUUUCUGGACAAUUCUCGUGUGAUUAAAGAGGAACACAAAGACUGGUGGGGCAAUUUUUUCGAACAAGUUGACGUAGUUUACUGCAACAUGGCAAAGGAGAAGCCAGUUACUUGGUUAUUAGAUGAAUUACGGCUGUUAAAAUCUGGCCAUACUACAGGAACCCCCUCGACCGAGAAUGCAGAAGAAAGUAGAGAUACUCCAGUUGAUCCCAGUGUCGUUUCGGAAGAGGUGGUAAAGUUGGUUAACGGUCAACUCGAAGAUAUCCCAGAGGUUUAUACCGGUGCAUAUCGAAAGCCAAGUGGUGCGACAGUCUCGAACAUUUGGGACCACAUUAAAGUUGAAGAUUUUGUUGCUGUGUCCUUGGAAGGAUACAACAAUGUCCCCGUCAUUGGGAAAGUUACGGGUAUUAGCGAAAUGCACGUUUCCAUCCACUACUGGAAAGGCAGCUGGAAUAAGAAAUGGACUCCUUGGUUAACAAACACAAAGGAGCCUUGGGCAGAUGUUCUACCAAAGGAUUGUGUAUAUUUAGGAGCCUUUCAUCUUGACGAAGAGUCCAAACUUCAAAGUGCGACGAAAAGACAGAUGAGGGACUUUUUAAAGCAAGCAAAGUAAUGAAACUGACUGAAAUAUUUAUGAAUAUAUUUACUGCUUGGUUGUCGACAUGUCGAAGAUCACUAGCUUGGUUCUCGACAUGUCGAAGACCACUAGCUUGGUUGUCGACAUGUCGAAGAUCACUUGCUUAGUUCUCGACAUGUCGAAGACCACUUGCUUGGUUCUCCACAUGUCGAAGAUCACUAGCUUGGUUCUCGACAUGUCGAAGACCACUUGCUUGGUUCUCAACAUGUCAAAGACCACUAACUUGGUUCUCCACAUGUCAAAGACCACUAACUUGGUUCUCCACAUGUCAAAGACCACUAACUUGGUUCUCCACAUCUCAAAGAACAAUAGCUUGGUUCUCCACAUGUCGAGGACCUGUGGCUUGAUUUUCAACAUGUAGAAGACAACUAGGUUUGUUCUCGACAUGUCGAAGACCAUUAGAUUGGUUCUCCUUUAGCUUAGUACCAUACUAAUAACUAGA